GGGACCCCAGGGUGCCAGUGCUGUACGAGGUGGAGCGGACCCAUACAGGGAAGAGCUUCUCUGUUCGUUCCGUAAAGGCCAUCCAGCAUGGAAAGCCGAUCUUCAUCUGCCAGGCCUCCUUCCAGCUCUCCCAGGGGAGCCCAGUGCAGCACCAGUUCACCAUGCCUGCCGUGCCGCCCCCUGAGGAGCUGCUGACGCAAGAGGAGCUCAUCCAGAAGUUCCUGCAGAAUCCUAACUUGGCAGAGCAGUACAGAAAGCAUCUCAACAAGAUUGAAGCUGAAGAUGUGCCGAUUGACAUCAAACCCGUGAACCCACCAGAUAUAGUCUCCUCGGAGCCGCAGGAACCAAAGCAGCUCUUCUGGGUGCGAGCACGAGGCUACAUAGGAGAGACUGACAUGAAGGUGCACUGCUGCGUGGCCGCCUACAUCUCCGACUACGCCUUCCUGGGCACGGCCCUGCUCCCGCACCUGCAGUACCGCAUCAAGUUCAUGGUCUCCCUCGACCAUUCCAUGUGGUUCCACGCGCCCUUCCGAGCAGACCACUGGAUGCUGUAUGAGUGCGAGAGCCCCUUUGCUGGUGAGUCCUCGCCGCGUUCCCCAAGAACCCGCAAGGCAAAGACCGACUUUGCCCAUCCCAGGGCAUGGCGAGCCACGGUCUGA